CUCUCAGCGCAUCAUGACUGAGCUGCCCACUUUUGAGCACAAUACGGAGACUCGGAGCCUUGAGACAUACUUCAUCAAAGACGACAUCAAGGUCAUAGAACGAUUUUUCGAGGUUCCUCUCGACCAUUCGCACCCAGAGGGUGAGAAGAUCCAAGUCUUUGCGCGAAACCUCAUUCCUAGGAACAAGGCGAAAACGAAAGAUGACGAAGAGAAACUGCCGUACUUGCUCUUCCUUCAAGGUGGGCCAGGAUUUGAGCUCGGGUUGCAAGGCAGUUCCGGCUUCGCGGGCGAGAUACAUUCUGAAGGUUAUCAGACACUCUGGCUUGACCAACGCGGGACUGGUUUGAGCACGGCUAUCUCGGCUGACAUGCUGGCGUCGAAGUCGGAUGACGAGAAAGCUGCCUAUCUCAAACACUUUCGCGCGGACAGCAUUGUGAAGGAUUGCGAGCUUAUCCGCCAGACUUUGUUGGGUCAUAAGGAAAAGCCCGAGGAUCGGAAAUGGACCAUUAUGGGCCAAAGCUUUGGCGGAUUCUGCGCAAUCAACUAUCUUUCUUUCUACAGCGAUGGUCUGAAGGAGGUCUUCCUUACGGGCGGUCUUGCCCCUCUGGUUGACAGCCCCGACUUAGUGUAUGAAGCAUUGAUCAAGAAAGUCGUAAAGAGGAACCAAGUGUAUUAUCACAAGUAUCCGCAGGAUGUGAAGCGGGUUCGGGAUAUUAUGUCUUACCUCGAACGAAAUGAUGUUCGUCUUCCUAACAAUGGCCGCUUGACACCGAGCCGCUGGCAGCAGCUAGGAAUCGACUUCGGAAUGCGGGGUGGUAUUGAUCGCGUACACCAGCUCGUGUUUCGCGCAUCCAAUGACCUUGUCGUCUUCAAAUCUAUUGCAUACAAAACGCUGCAGAUCAUUCAGGGCAAGCAGGAUUACGACGGCAACCCGCUGUACGCGAUUAUGCAUGAGUCUAUCUACUGUCAGAGGAAAGCAUCGAAUUGGUCUGCGCAGCGUGUCGUUAACGAACAUCCUCAAUUCUUAUGGCAACAUGUCAGAUGCUUGGCUGACAUAGUGCCCGUCUACUUUUACGGCGAGAUGAUCUUCCCGGACAUGUUUGAUAAUUACAGUAACCUUCGGCCAUUGAAAGAAGCCGCGAUGAUUAUCGCGAAGGACGAGUCUUGGGGUCCGCUUUACGAUAUGGACCAACUGGCAAAAAAUGAAGUGAAAGUCACUGCCGCUACGUACAUGGAGGACAUGUACGUCGACUUUGGGUUGGCACAGGAUACAGCAGCAAAGAUCGGCAAUGUGGAACAGUUCAUCACGAACCAAAUGUUCCACGAUGCUCUCCGCGUUGACUCGAAAGAAGUCGUCAAAAAGUUAUUCGUACUAUCGAAGAGAGAGAACGAUUGAACGGUUCACGAGUAGCUUUGCUUUUAGUGGCGUGUCCCCUACUGUACCUUAGAAUGCUGCUCAUUUGAUCUGAGACUAGGAAAUCCCAUUCCGGCGAGGAGUAGAGAAGUCAACGGAGUACAGCAGUCUGAACGUUGAGUGAUGGGGACCGGGUACUAAAACCGUUUAACAUCAUUAGCUUCAAGUUUAUGAACCUGGACCGCAAUGUAUU